CGGAGCGACCCGGGGCGUGUCCGGUGCCGGUGCGGCCCGGUGGCGGGGUCGCCAUGCAGCGGGAGGUGGGUACGCUGCCGCUGGCCCCCGCCCUGCGCGCACGCCUCGCCGCCGCUGGCUUCCAGACGGCGCAGGAGCUGCUGGACACCGGCCCCUGCGGCCUGAGCAAAGAAAUUGGAAUCUCCAGGGAAGAGGCACUGGAAGUGCUGCAGGUGGUGAGGCAGGAAUGUCACGGAGAUGCAGCAAGGACAGCUGGGGGAUCAGGUGCCACCAGGAAAUGCACAGCCCUGGAGCUUCUGGAAGAAGAGCAAGCCCAGGGCUUCAUCAUCACCUUCUGUUCAGCACUGGACAACAUCCUGGGAGGUGGAGUACAGCUGACAAAAAUCACUGAGAUCUGCGGAGCACCCGGUGUCGGCAAAACACAGCUGUGCAUGCAGCUGGCAGUGGAUGUCCAGAUCCCAGAGUGCUUUGGAGGCGUUGCUGGAGAAGCUGUGUUCAUUGACACUGAGGGAAGUUUUAUGGUGGACAGAGUGGUGGACAUUGCAGCUGCCUGUGUGCAGCACUGCCACCUUAUUGCUGAGGCUCAGCAAGAAGAGGAUCAUCAGAAAGCUUUGGAGACUUUCUCUCUGGAAAAUAUCCUCUCUCACAUCUAUUACUUCCGUUGUCGUGACUACACAGAGCUGCUGGCCCAGGUCUACCUCCUGCCAGAAUUCCUGUCAGAGCAUUCCAAGGUCCGUCUGGUGGUGAUUGAUGGAAUUGCCUUUCCCUUUCGCCAUGACUUUGAGGACCUGUCGCUGCGCACGAGGCUGCUGAACGGGCUGGCACAGCAGCUCAUCAUCAUAGCCAACGACCAUAAAUCAGCUGUAGUUCUGACAAACCAAAUGACAACAAGAAUUGGACAAAGCCAGUCCACAUUGGUACCUGCUUUAGGAGAAAGCUGGGGACACGCUGCCACUGUCCGUUUAAUCUUCCACUGGGACAACAGUCAGAGGUUGGCCACGUUGUACAAAUCACCGAGUCAGAAGGAAUCCACCGUAGCCUAUCACAUCACAUCCCAUGGCUUCCGAGAUGUGCAGCCUCCAGCUGUCACUCACAGCGCACAAGGAACUGAGCUGAACCCUCGGAAACGGCCACGGACAGAGGAGGAGAAGCAACAGUGAUUCCAAAGUGGAAUGUUAAAAACCUGCAGGAGAGCAGUGGCAGAGUGAACACGCAGCCAAAGGCAGCCUGAGAGACUCUCAGCUUCACUUCCUGCUCAGGACUUUAUUUGAACAUUAAUACUGCAAUGUGCAAA